CUCGGGUUUCUUCUCAGACUGGGCAGCACACAAGGUCGGUCAGCGUCAGCAGAUCUGACCCUAAAAAUAGGCUCUCAGAUGCCAGUCUGGGUGGCUGGGUGCGCGGCACCACACGCCCUACAGACCAGCACCUCCUGACCCAGCGUGGCCCCAGCGCGCACAGCUGCAGAAAGGAGAAAAUCCAUUGGCUCCAAAAUGACAUCCGGAGAACCAAAGACAAGCCUCAAGAACGCCUACUCAUCUGCCAAGAGACUGCUGCCAAAGGCGGAGGAGGAGGAGGCGGAGGACUACUGUACCCCCGGAGCCUUCGAGCUGGAGCGUCUCUUUUGGAAGGGCAGUCCCCAGUACACCCACGUCAACGAGGUCUGGCCCAAGCUCUACAUCGGGGAUGAGACAACGGCGCUGGACCGCUAUGGGCUGCAGAAGGCGGGCUUCACGCACGUGCUGAAUGCUGCCCACGGCCGCUGGAAUGUGGACACAGGACCCGACUACUAUCGCGGCAUGGCCAUUGAAUAUCACGGAGUAGAGGCCGAUGACCUGCCCACCUUCGACCUCAGCGUCUUCUUCCAUUCGGCGGCCGCUUUCAUCGACGCGGCGCUCCGCUCGGAUCACAAUAAGAUCCUGGUUCACUGUGCCAUGGGCCGCAGCCGGUCGGCCACCCUGGUCCUGGCCUACCUGAUGAUCCACAGGAACAUGACGCUGGUGGAGGCCAUUCAACAAGUGGCGAAGAACCGCUGUGUCCUACCCAACCGGGGUUUUCUGAAGCAGCUCCGGGAACUGGACAAGCAGCUGGUGCAGCAGAGGCGACAGGCCCAGCACAGCGACGAGGGCGAGAAGGCCAGCGAGGAGGAGCUGUAGGGCCCCACGUGGGGCAGCGGAGACACUUGGGAAUGAAGAGGGACGGCUGAAACAGCUCUGGCCUGUGACUUCUCUGUCACGGAGAAGGGACAGUGAGACCAAAGCUUGACUUCUUCCAAAUCAUCUUAAACUUCCGGGGUGUGUGCUGACGACAGAGAGGAUUGAAGGCUGCCUCCUGGACGAGUCCAGUGCUUGGCUUCACAGCAAAAUAGGGCAGAUGGGCUUCCCAGCAGAACUGGUUGCAGAUGAAUGCAGGUCUGCGUACAGGCGCCUGUAUUUUUUAUUGUUUUUAUAAGAUGGGAGCAGACAAGGAUUUUAAAAUGUAUAGGCAUUGUGCUGUGAUUCAAUGUUUGGCUGUCUGAAAGUCACACUCUUAAAAAAUAAUUUUGAAAUAUAAACAUAUUUUCUAACCACAGAAAA